AUGAGCUUCAUACCCAAGGUCAUUGCGAACCAUGUCAGAGAUUCCAUCAGAGUGGUCGACCCCAAUACCUGGCUGAUCGGCCCCUUGAUCCUUCGCCGGACCUGUGGCCAUUCCGAGACUGCAACCUGGUAUGAUCCCGGGGACGAUGCCAGUUAUACCAUUAUCGACGCCCCAGCUGUGCAUCCCCACGCAAACCCGGUAAUGGGUGAUGAUUCAACCUUCAAGUUGGUCUAUGACGCCGGCGACGCCACUGCAGUCUGGUCAGUCGGAAACAGCGCCUACCUGAAGGUGAAACUGAAGGUCGGCGAUACAACACAAGAGUCUACAACGAUAGCAUACGUCCGCUCCAAACAGCCUAGCUUUGCUAUCCCUCGUGUGCUGUACGAGAAACAGAUCCACGACCGGUACUACCUCGUUCUUACACGGGUCGAAGGCCGAACACUGGCAGAGGCCUGGCCGUCAUUAGAUGAGAGAUGGAAAACCCACUACGUCAAUUCCAUCGCAGAUAUCUGCAGCGAAAUGGCAUCCUGGCAGGGCGAGAAUGUGGGUGGUGUAGACGGCAAGGGCGUGCCAGAGGCCUAUCUGAACCAGAUCCACGGCGAGUACGACUUCACCCCCGAAGCGCUGCUGGAAGGCUGCCAGUCGAUCGGCAUGGACUGUUCGAAGUUCGUCUUUUACCACGCUGAUCUUGGUCCGGGUAAUAUCAUCGUUGAAGACGUGCCCACGACAGGCUCAGUUGGAAUCGUCGAUUGGGAACUCGCGGGUUUCUUUCCGAAAGGUUGGAUCCGUACGAAGUUCCGCAUUAGCUCUGGACUCAAUCUCCCCGAGGAAGCUGGUGAUGACCCGAAUGAUUGGAGACGGAGAGUCCAACGACGGCUUGGGGAACUAGGGUAUGAGGAGCAUGUGGACGAAUGGCAGCCGUGGUGUUUUCAGGAUUUAACGAGCCCUGCUGAGGUAGGGAGCAAGGUUGAAAAGUGA